ACCAAAGCCUCCGCCCCCUUCUUCCCUGACACCCUCGCCGCCGCGCACGCACGCACGCAGGGAACCAGCGAAGAGAGAUGGGCGUCUACACCUUCGUGUGCCGCAGCGCCGGCGGCGGCGAGUGGACCGCCAAGCAGCACUCCGGCGAGAUCGAGGCGUCCGCCGCCACCCCCUACGAGCUGCAGCGCCGCCUCGUCGCCUCCGCCUCCGCGGCCGACUCCGCGUCCGGCGUCCAGUCGUCCUUCUCCAUGGUCACCCCCAGCUCCGCCGUCUUCCAGGUGAUCGUCGGUGGUGGCGCGAUGAUGGUUAGUGGCGGCGGCGGCGGCGGCGCGUCCGCCGCCGCGUCGGGUGGUGCUGCGGCCGAAGCUCCCAAGGAGGAGAAGAAGGAAGAGGAGAAGGAAGAGAGCGACGACGACAUGGGAUUCUCCCUGUUCGACUAGAGACAGAGUUAAGCUGCGUGUGCAUGGUUGCUGUUCGGUCGUGUCGCGAAACGUGAAGAGCUCAAGCGGCCUUUUUGUUCCAGUCCCACAUGUGAGAGCUUGAUACGUUGUCUGGAAUGAAAAAUUUUCUCCAAAAUUCACGAAUAUAUAUUGCGUACGCACAAUACUGUAGAUUAAACAAUGACUUGUGUAGAGCUGUAAAAUCGACGCAAUUAUAUGAAAGCAGCACUGGAGUUUCAAACUGACAAGCA